AUGACCACUAAUCCAGCUACUGCAGCGGCCUUGAUGCUUCUGCUGAUACUGCAAUGGCCGCAGUCCUUGGCAGCACAUAGGAGCGGUGUCAAUGGAUUAAGUAGCACGUGGGAAGUACUUCUCAACAACUCCGGCGUAGUUGCCAUGCAUAUGGCCCUCACCCACCUCAACACCGUCAUCUUCUUCGAUCAGACAAGCUCCGGCCGUACAGGUUACAUCCUGCAACGAAACAGUUCCUGCUCAAGAAGAGGCGGCGACGGCGGCGGCUCCUCAGAGCCAAAGAACGACGGUUACGGCGCUAAGUCGUCUUCUCAGGUGAAGUCCUGCUGGGCUCACUCUAUGGAAUACGACGUGGCAACGAACAGUCUUCGUCCCCUCACGUUAAAAACCGACACGUGGUGCUCCUCCAGCUCCUUUCUCAGAGACGGCACUCUGCAACAAACCGGCGGCUACGGCUCUGGCAUUCGCAAGAUCCGUUACUUUCGCCCUUGCGGUAAUGGCCGCUGUGAUUGGACCGAGUCUCCGGCCGUCCUCGCCGACGGCCGGUGGUACUCCACCAGCCAGAUUCUUCCCGACGGGGGGACUGAAGGAGAAUGGCUGCCUCUUUACACUCUCCCUCUGCCGUUUCCUUUCUCAACAGGCGCCGACCGCGUCUUCAUCCUCGGCGGCCUCAACGUCUUCACCUACGAGUUCGUCCCUAAAUCCCACCCCAAUGAAACUGCAUACGAGCUUCCCUUCCUCCGCCAAACCAGCCAACGCCGUGACAAAGGAAACAAUCUCUACCCCUUCAUCCACCUUUCCUCUGAUGGCAAUCUCUUCAUCUUCGCCAAUCGCGACUCCAUCCUCUUUGACUACCGCCACAACACCGUUCUCCGCACUUUCCCUCGUCUCCCCGGCAGCGGAGCCCGCAACUACCCCAGCACCGGCUCAACCGCUUUACUCCCUCUCGACCACACCAACUUUUUCCAACGCGUUGAAGUCAUGAUAUGCGGCGGCGCAGCCGCCGGGGCAUACCGUGCAGCUCUCCGGGGAAGGUACUACCAAGCCCUCAGCUCCUGCGGUCGCAUGGUCAUAACUGAUGAGAAACCAGAGUGGAUAAUGGAAAAGAUGCCGGGGCCGAGACUGAUGAGCGACAUGUUGGUUCUUCCGACGGGGAAUGUUCUCAUAAUCAACGGCGCCACGCACGGCUGUGCUGGGUGGCAAAAGGCGAUCAAUCCCGCCCUUACACCGUACCUCUACCACCCUAACGGUAAGCCUAGGAAAAGAUUCUCUGUUCUUCGCGCAUCGAUUAUUCCUCGAAUGUACCAUUCGACGGCUCUGCUUCUUUCUGACGGUCGGAUUCUUGUUGGGGGGAGCAACCCGUACUACAGAUACAACUUUUCCGGAUACCCGUAUAAGACGGAGCUGAGAAUGGAGGCCUUCACUCCUUAUUACAUGAGGAAGUUUUUUGAUGACAAGAGGCCGAUGAAUGUUGCGGUGGUGGGCGGAGAGGAAGGGAUACGGUAUGGGGAGGAGUUUGUGGUUUUGUUUGAGAUGGAACGGAGGGGGAGGACGGAGUUGGAGUUUGUGGCGAGCGCGGCGCCGUUUGUGACGCACUCGCUGUCGAUGCAUCAGAGGGUGCUGAGGUUGGAGUGUAGGGGGGUACAAAGAUUGGGAGAAGUGUUGAUGAGUGCGGUGGUUAAGGCACCGCCGUCGCCGGUGGUGGCACCGGCGGGGUAUUAUCUGUUAACUGUCGUUAACGGAGGUAUUCCUAGUAAGUCUGAGUGGGUGAGAUUUCUAGUUUGAAGUUUGAGGUAAGAUGAUGUAGGCAAAAGGAUUUUGGGCAUUUAUGUAUAGAGGCUGUUUGUAGCAGUUUAAGAAGAGUUUUUGAAAGUAAAAAUCAAAGUAAAACUUGAGGACUUCUUCUCUAGCUUGAGAGCUAAUUCUUCAC